AUGCCACUGAAUUUGCCUAUAUCAAUUCCCAAAAACUUUUUUGGAACUCCAAUCAAACCCUAUAAGGGACAGGAUUAUGCAAAGCUGAAACAGGAAUGUAUUUCAAAAGGGGAGCUUUUCAAAGACCCUUUGUUUCCCCCUGAAAAUUCUUCUUUGUUCUUCACACCUUCAAAAAUAUCUGAAAUUGGAAACAUUGUCUGGAAGAGGCCUAAGGAAAUCUGCGAUGCCCCCAAACUGUUUGUUGAAGGAGCUAACAGUGGAGAUGUUACACAAGGAUCACUUGGGAACUGUUGGUUUGUGGCAGCCAUGUCUUGCUUGGCAAAUUAUAAGGAAGUUUGGAACAGGGUUAUACCUGAUCAUGAGACUCAAGACUGGAAUGAUGAGAAACCUGAAGAAUAUGCUGGCAUCUUUCAUUUUCGAUUUUGGCGCUAUGGGGAAUGGGUGGAUAUCGUAGUUGAUGAUCUGCUUCCUGUUCGUGGCGGACAGCUUAUUUUUAUUCAUUCAAAAGAAAGGAAUGAAUUUUGGAGUGCUCUUCUUGAGAAAGCAUAUGCAAAGCUCUUUGGAACCUAUGAAGUACUCGAUGGUGGAGAUCUCUGUGAAGCUCUUGAAGAUUUUACUGGUGGUGUAUCAGAUGCAAUGUCACUUCCUGACCUGAAGGUGGCUGAUGCAUUGGAAGAGAGAACAUCUCUCUUUGAACGUAUGAAAAAGGAAAUGGACCGAAAAUCACUCAUGGCAGCUUCUAUCCCAGCUAAAUCAAGUGAAGAAAUGGAAGCUUCCUUGGACUCUGGCUUGGUCGUUGGACAUGCUUAUGGCAUUACUUGUGUGAAAAAUGUCCAUUUGGAAGGUUCUGGUCUCUUUGGUUUGUUUGGACGCGAAAAGAUGCAGAUGGUCAGAUUACGUAAUCCAUGGGGUCAGUGUGAAUGGAAAGGGGCAUUUAGUGAUGGUGCACCAGAAUGGGAGAAAAUUGACAAAAAUGACCGAGAAAAGGUUGGAUUAACUUUUGAAGAUGAUGGAGAAUUUUGGAUGACUUUUGAAGAUUUCUGCAAAAAUUUUGUCAAUAUUGCUAUCUGCAGAGUUGUAAACACUUCAAUUUUCUCAAUAAGAAAAACUUGGUCUGAGGGAUGUGCUGAUGGAUUGUGGGCCAAGCCAGCAAGGUGUGGUGGGUGUAUUAACAACAGAGAGACUUUCCUUAAUAACCCACAGUUUGCUUUUGAUGUGACUGAAGAUGAAGAUGAAGUAAUGAUCCAAUUGAUGCAAAAGACAUCAAGAACCAAAACUGGAGAUGACAAUGAAACAAUUGGAUGCACUUUGAUUAAAGUGGAAGAAAACAGACGCUACCGAAUGCAUGACUUACGCUAUCAAGAGGUUAUAACAAGCACAGUUUUCCGCAACAGCCGUUCAAUCUUUUUGAGGACCAGCAUGAAAAAAGGACGUUAUGUGAUCAUUCCUUGCACAUUUAAGUCUGAAAUUGAAGGAGAAUUUCUUCUGAGAGUCUACACAUCCUCAGAAAACUCUUUCAGGGUACUUGAACAUGACCAACCUGUCCGUACUAUGUGGCAAUGCUGUGCAAAGGAACCGAUUCUUGUGACACGUGUUAAAGUGAUUAAAGCCACUGGACUGGAGAAACAGGAAAAUACAGGUGCAGAUCCUUAUGUAAUAAUAUCAUGUGAGGGAGAAAAGGUGUGCUCUCCUGUUAGGAAAGACACUACAGAUCCAGACUUCAAUAGUUCAGCCAUAUUCUUCCGGAGAAACCCAACCAAUUCACCUCUUAAAAUUCAGAUCUGGAAUAGCAAUAUGCUUCGGGACCAGUAUAUGGGAAAGCAUGUAUUCACAUCGAUUGAUGAGUGUGAUGGAUCAAUCCACCAAGUUGACUUAUUUGGACGAGGCAAAGAAGGAGACAUUCAGCGUCCAGGCAAAUUGAUUGUUGAAAUCACAACCAAGAGAGAGUUGGCAUCAAUCUAA